AUGUCCCAAGCAAACGAAAAGCAGCUCAAUUCGACAUUCCCCUACUACAAGGACAAAUUCCCCGCCUGGCAAAACUCCAUCCGGCACAACCUGAGCCUGAACGACUGCUUCAUCAAGAUACCCCGCGAACCGGGAAAUCCCGGCAAGGGUAACUUCUGGACCCUGGACCCACUGGCGGAGGACAUGUUCGACAACGGUAGCUUCCUGCGAAGACGAAAACGCUACAAACGAACCACCAUCCCGCCGGGAAUGAGCUUCCCGGCAGUGUUCAACCCGUUCGCGCCGUUUUGGAUACGGAAACCGGUACCGGUGAUACCGAUGCAGUUCCCGCCGCAUGGCAGCUUGGGCGGGUUCGGCGAUGGGCUGGGGAUACCGGGCAGGGGAGAUUUCAUGCUGGACAGUAAGUUGAAUUUGUUCGGGGGUAAAAUGGAAGACUUGAACGUGGCAGUGAUGGAGAAUAGUGAGUUCCUGGCGCGCAAUUCGGACAGCAUGAAGAUUACCAAUGCGAUGAAGUUUUUCCACGGGUACAAUAGUGAAGGUGGUGGAGGACCCAGUGGUUCUUACGAAGACGGUGUGAACGGACUGCAGUGCAAUAAUAAUAAUAACAAUAGUUCAAUUAGCAGAGACAAUAGUGGUUACAUUACGAAGACCAACAAUCACGUUCCUAUGGGUGGUGCAAACGAACGGUAUCCGUCUUCUUCGGCAUUGAGUCGAGGAGGUCUGUCUCCGGCGGCCGUCGGGAAUAGAGACAAUAGCAGUCCUUACGAUGUGGAUCUUUCGAAUGAUGAUAAGAUAGACGUGGAAAGUGAUGAUGACUACAAAUCCAUAAGUAAAAGCUUCGAUCAUGACCCGGUACAGCAUGAGUCUUUCCUUGAUCGAAAUGGCCGCUACACUCCUACGGAAAAGGACUCCAUCAAGGACUUUGAGACAAUAGGUCCGACGGGAAAGCCUUCUCAUCACGAACCGGAAGAUUAUGGCUGCGAAGACGACGAAGAUCAUUCCGAUAAGCACAGUAACGCCUCGCAAGAUCAUCAUUUAGAUAAGUCACAAAAAUCGUUCUACAUGAAUCCUUACGAAGAACCGGACAACUUCAUGUCUGAAACGAUAGCCGCCGGCAAAUACACCAGCCUGAAGCGAGCAAUCGAAAGCGAGGACCUUAACGUGGUCGACACGUACGCCGAAACGAAAUUGGUUGGGUUUGAUUUUGCCAGCAGCCGGAAGCGGAAGUAUGGCAACACGAAAGUAUUCAGUAUAGAGAAUCUGAUAGGCUGCAACGUGGAAGAUAGAUGAAUCGGAACG